CAAAAUCUCUGGGUUUCCUUUCCAACUUUUCAUGUGUGACAUUUUGUGAUGAAAUCAUUAAAAUUCAUAAACAUAGAAAUAGAUACAGUAGAUACAUAAGAAACAUCUGAUACAGUAGAUGAACUAGAUUCAUAAGAUACAGUAGACACUGCGCAUGUCCUCCCGCUCAGGUCACGUGCUCCCGUGUUGACGGAGGAGAAGAAAGAGCCCUGCAGCGGAGAGGCUAACGGCUAACGGCCAACGGCUAACGGCUAACGGCGGAGCGGCUGGAGGCUGAACACCGACACGGAUACGUCACAGUAUGAGUCAGCCCGCAGGUGAGUGGCACCGGUGCACAGACCUGCGGCUAAUGUGCUAACACACGGGUGAUCAGGUGUGUGUCAUAUCAGCAGCAGGAUGCCCAUCCCUCCCCCACCAGGGGGCCCCCCGCCUCCCCCCACCUUCAGCCAGGCGAACACCAGUCCUCCGAAGCUGAGCAGUGCGGAGGCGAAAGGUCGCGGCGCCCUGCUGUCAGACAUUUGUCAGGGCACCAGGCUGCGGACGGUGUCGGAGGUGAACGACCGCAGCGCUCCGCUGCUCGACAGUAAGACUCAAACCUCCCGGCCCACAGACCACCCAUACAUUCGCUUAUACCAAUACCUGCAGCAGCCGCAGAGCCAGUCUCACCAGCAGGGGGCGCCGACUGACGGGCAGAAGAACACGGCCGCAGAGCAGAAGCCCAAAGGAGGCGGAGCAGCAUCAGGAGGAGGCAGCGGAGCAGCAAGCCCAUCAGGUUCAGCUCCACCAAUCGGAGGACUGUACACGGGCGGAGUUCACAAACUGAGGCCGGUCGGAGACGGCUCUUCUGGACGCUCACCAUCCACCAGAGCCGCCGCGCCCCGCCCCCCAAGUCAUCACCAUGACGACUCAGAUAGCCCCGCCUCUCAGGCAUCGUCGCCCUCAGAGACGAUGCCGUCUCAGCGUCCAUUACUCCCUAACUCCUCCCCCUCCUCCUCCUCCGGCAUGAAGCAUUCCUCCUCAGCCCCCCCCCCGCCUCCUCUCUGUCGCCGUGGUAACGCCCCCUCCCCUCCCACCUCAUCUUCCUCUUGCAACAGAGAGAAGCCCCUCCCCCCAGCCCCGAACAACACCCCGCCCCUCAUCUCAAAACCUCCCCCGUCUCCUGGCAACAGCAGACGCCCACCCACCUCAGGAGGUAACCCCGCCUCUUACACCCCCUCCUCUUCUCUUGCCCUGCCCCCUCCAUCUUACUGCAUCACCAACGGACCAACAGGAAGCGACGCAGAGGCAGCGCCAGAGCUGCCGCAACGUCACAACUCCCUCUGCAACAAGAGACCCGCCCCUUCACCUGGAGGCCACACCCCCACCAGAGCCCCCGCCCCACCACCUCCUGCCUCCCCCACCCCCUCCCAACAGGGCGUCAACAGGCCGCCGCCUCCCACCCGAGAUGCGCUGAUUCGAGGAACAGCUCCUCCUGUUCCCGCCCAGUCAUCCUCCUCGAGGGCCCCGCCCCCUCCUCCUUACAGGAUACAUGGUAGCCCCUCCCUCACCUCUGACCCCCCCACCAGAGGGAAACCUCCUCCCCCUCCUACUCGCCUCCCCGCUGCGCCUCCCCCUCCUCUCCGCAACGGACACUCCUCCUCCUCCUCCUCCGUCCCUCGCUCAUUCAUCGAUGACUUUGAGUCAAAGUAUUCUUUUCAUCCUCUGGACGAUUUCCCGCCUCCAGACGAGUUCAGACACUUCACCAAGUUCUACCCGAGCAGAGCCAACAGAGUGGUGAGAGGAGCUCCGCCUCUGCCUCCUGUCGGGAGGUGAAGUAUGACAACUACAGCACACACACGCACACACACAACAUGCAGCCUCCACCUUCAUCAUCCUCGACUCCUCCAUCAUCGUCUUGAGCUCACAUCCGAUUGGCCGACACUCUGCAGGAGACGUGACUGAAGAGUUUGUUCAUUUUCAUUUGUUCGUUUUUUGCACUCGCACUUUUUGUUUGCGGCUCUUUGUCUGACAUAUGAAGAAGAAGAAGAGUGGGUGGAGCUAAGAGCUGCUGCGGUUCUGCCGGACUUCCUGGUUCCUGGACUUUCACUGGAGACAAAUGAAACUUGGUUGUGGACGUUGACACAGAAACCAGGUCUCUGGGUCACAUGACGCUCACAACAUCAGUGAAACGUGACCAUGACAAGGAUCCCUGGACCUGGACCUGGAUCUGGACCCAGACCAGGACCAAGAAUUCAAAAUGAAUUUGAUCUGUAAAUAACUAACUUUUGAUUCAAAUAUGAAUUCAUCUGCUGAUUAUUUUCUCAGUUAUUGAACAAAAAUGUAAGUUUUCAGUUUAUGAAGAAGAAGAAGCGUCUUUGAUUUAUUCAUCAUCAGAAAAGAAGCUGAUUCACUUUUUAAAAUCUAAAAUUCACAGUUUGAAUAACAAGUAAUUUUGUGGGUAAAAGUCUCAAUAUUACAAAUAUAUUAAAUAUAUUAGUGAAGUCCCCAAGUUUGAGUUUCAUAAAACAUUUGUAUAUUUAUAUGUAUAUGAAUAUGUGUAAACAUAUAUAUUUAUACGUGUAUAAAUGAAAAAGAAUUGUCAACAAACUUAUUUUAAUUUGUGAAAGACAGCUUUAUAUUUAAAUCAUUAACAAUGUUAAAUUUUGACUUUUCUCACAAACUGAAUCUUCUGUUUGUUCUGAGCUUCUUCAUGUUUAUGGAUCAUUUAUGAAUAUGAAAGAGACGACGACGCUCACACUGGCUGGAUCUCAUCCAUCAGACAGAAAACAUCAUCCAUCAGUUAUUAAACAUUAUUGAUCAUUUAUAAAACCUUAAUGAUCAGUUAUAAAACAUAAAUCUUCUGACUGUCCUAUAGCUGUAGAUCAAACCGCAUGUUUCUGAAAUGUGAAUAAACAGUUUAUCUCUUCA